CAGGCCAGGCCUCUCCUGGGAGCGCGGAGCUGUUCCCGGGGUGGGGAGCCGGGUUUAUGACCCUGCUGGCGGAGCAAAGUCCGAGCGCAGGCACUGGGAGCCACCUCUCCCCUCUCCCCGCUCUCUCCCUGUCGCUGCCUCGGCUGGCGUCUCUCGCAGUGAGAUCCCCGGACUUUGGGGGGGAUCGGCGGCAGGGCUCUCUCCCGAAAUGAGCGUCUUUUCCUCGGACCCGCCCUCGGAGCUGCCCUUCCUUCCCGGAGAUUUCAUCCAGGAGUUUCUGGGGAAGGAGGCCUCUUCUGCAUCCCCGCCGGUGAAGCUGGAGGCCCCUCAGGAAUCGUGUCCGAUUUGUGGGGACAGGGUGUCAGGAUACCACUACGGCCUGCUGACCUGUGAAAGCUGCAAGGGCUUCUUCAAGAGGACGGUGCAGAACAACAAGCAGUACGCCUGUGCCGAGAGGCAGCGCUGCCCCAUCGACACCACGCAGAGGAAGCGCUGCCCCUACUGCCGCUUCCAGAAGUGUCUGAGCGUGGGCAUGAGGAGGGAGGCGGUGAGAGCCGACAGGAUGAGAGGGGGGCGCAACAAGUUCGGGCCCCUGUACCGGAGAGACCGGCAGCUGAAGCAGCAGAAACGGGCUGAUCUCCACAGCGCCCCCUGCAGGUUCAAAGCGGAAAGCCCGGCGGGACAGUCCGGCGCGACGCACGGCUUUCAGGCGGCCCUGGCGUCUGUUCCCACCCCCCCAGAGCCCCCCCCCGCCGCUCAGUGCGCCCAGCCGCAGCUGCAGGGGUUCUGCAGGGGGCAGGCCCCGGCACCAGCGCACACCCUCUGCCCCCGAGCCGUCCUGAACGAGAAACCCCCGGCCCACCCGAGCUACCCCCCGCAGGGGCUCUACAGCCACGCGCCAGCCCGAUUUCCCCUGCCCGCCCUCCCGCGCCCCCCCGCGCCCGCCGGCCUCUCCGAGAUGCUGCGCUGGGAGCCCGAGGAGUCGCAGCUGUGCGCCCGCAUCCUGGCCUGCCUGCAGAGGGAGCAGGCGAGCCGGGGCAAACACGAUCGGCUCAACACCUUCGGGAUCAUGUGCAAGAUGGCGGAGCAGACGCUGCUGGGGCUGGUGGAGUGGGCGAGGAGCUGCGCCGUCUUCAAGGAGCUGCCGGUGGAGGAGCAGAUGGCCCUGCUGCAGGGCUGCUGGAGUGAGCUGCUGGUGCUCGACCACCUCUACAGACAGGUGGCUUAUGGGAAAGAAGGCAGCAUCUACCUGGUUACCGGGCAACAGAUUGAGGUGUCCACUGUGCUGUCCCAGGCGGGGGACACUUUGGCCAGUCUGGUGUCUCGAGCACAGGACCUAGUGUCCAGACUGCGGACACUGCAGCUGGACAGACAGGAGUUUGUGUGUCUCAAAUAUCUUGUGCUUUUCAACCCAGACACGAGGGGCCUGGGGGCCGGCGGGCAGGUGGAGCGGGUGCAGGAGGGUGUGAACCGGACCCUCAUGGAGCACACCAUGGCGGCGCACCCGGGCCAGACGGACAAGUUCGGCCAGCUGCUGCUGAAGCUGCCGGAGGUGCGCGGCCUGAGCCUGCAGACGGAGGAGUACCUGUACCUGCGGCACCUGCAGGGAGACCUGCCCUGCAACUCCCUGCUCACGGAGAUGCUGCACGCCAAGCAGGCCUGAGGAGCGGCCCGGGCACUCCACACCUGCUGCCCCUGCCAGCACGGGCGCUCCGCUUUCACCCGGACCCCACAGACGGACCGUCCCGCCUCACACCCUCCGAUUCCAGCUUCGGGGAUCCAGAGGAGGGUGGGGGCAGCAUUCAAGUGAGCGUGUGGGCAGCUCACAACUGGCUGCCCACUGGAGCUCAGCAGGUGUGAGCCUGGCCAGUACCUGGAUGGGAGACCUCCUGGGAA